UCGAUGCGCGCCAUACUUACGUACGGGCUAGGGGAAAGACGUGGGAGAGGGGAGUCGUAGUCGACGAUCGCGCGGCGCCGGCCGCCGGCGGGGGAGAGGGGACCGCGUCUACUUGCGGUCGUCGCCCGACGGCUUCUUGCCGUCGUCGCCGGUGCCGCCGCAGACCAUCUGGUUCGCGCACGUCGUCAUGCACCCGUCGCAGGCCGUGUACUUCUCGGCGGGACAGUCCGUGCCCUCGGCGCCCUCCUGGCCCAUGUCCAUGCAGCCCUUGACGAGGCAGCGCUUCUCCGGGAACAUCGCCACCCACUCGCAGCCCUUCUCCGAAGCCGUCUCGCCCGUCUUGUGCCAUGCAGAUUUUAUCAGCGGCCGAGGCCGUCGACGCGCCGAGCGCGAGGCAGAGGAUAGCUUUGAGCGUCAUUUUGUUUGCCUGCGCGGCGUCAAUUCGUCGUUACCACGUGCGAAACAUCGGGGUGCGCGCGACGUGGCGGCGUGGCCGCUCUUUUGCUCGGCUUCAAUUGCAGAUUUCGAGCCAGCGGCAAGGCUUAAAAUGGCGGCGAGAGCUCAAAAUUGGGCCGAGGGGUGGUCUGGGAGUCUACUUAACCGCGCUGGGGCCUUACUUCUCUUGUCACGU